UGGUUAAGUCAUUCUGAGUUCAGCUCUCGUUCAGUAAACAUUAAACGAAGAAACGAAAAAUUAUUUGCUUCAACACAGUCUUUCGUCUGUUUGUUUGACUUUGGAAUUUUUUCGUUCUAGUUUGAUCGCAAUAUAUAUACACAAACGACUGUAACAGUUUUUAUUGUUAUUCAGUGACAAAACAAGAGAAAAGUAAAAAGCAAAACGUACAAACAAUUUUUGACGUUUUACUCCAGCGAAAAGUGAAAAGUGAAUUUCGAGCGAAUUUUCAAAAGAAAAAGUUCUAAUUUUUUUGCGAUAAAAAAACACACAAAAAAAAACAAAUCCAGUCAAAAUGGUUUACGCAGUUCAACAACAACAAAGUGUCAUCGUGAAAGGAAAAUCAUCGGGCAAUUUGGCAUCGCUCGAACCAUUGUCACGCACCUAUCAAUACAGAAAAGUCAUGAAGCCAAUGUUGGAACGUAAACGUCGUGCCCGUAUCAACCGUUGCUUAGAUGAAUUGAAAGAAUUAAUGGUGACCGCUUUGCAAGCCGAAGGUGAAAAUGUCUCAAAAUUGGAAAAGGCCGAUAUCCUCGAGUUGACCGUUCGUCAUUUGCAUAAAUUGAAGCGUCAACAACGUUUAGCCGCCAGCCCAGUCAUCGAAGCCGAUCGUUUCCGUGCCGGUUUUACACAAGCCGCCAAUGAAGUGUCCCGUGUUUUGGCCAGUACACCAAAUGUGGAUGUUGGUUUAGGCAAACGUAUCAUGUCACAUUUGGGACAUCGCAUUAACGAUCUCGACAAAGUGCAACCAUUGUCCAUUCAUGUUGGCCAAACCAUCUACUCGCCAGCUUCAUCACCAUGCAGCGAAAGCCAAUACGCAAUGCCAUUGACACCAUCAUCAUCGCGGUCAUCAAACAGUACAUCACCCUCACCACGACCAAAUGACUACACCACAAACAUUCAUCAAGGUCUCCUUAAAGUUGCACAAAAAGAAUGCUGGCAACCAUGGAAAUGAAUCAUCUCGUUUGAUGCAAUUCAUUCAUAAUCAACAACCAUCACCAUCCAUCAAAACACAUUGAUUCUUCCAUUAGUUUUGUUUAAGCGUUAAAAAAAACUCUUCUUUUUAUCCAUUCAUUUGAAAAAAAGAACGAAAAAAGCACAAUAAUAUUGAUCUCGUAACUGAUUAGAUAAAUUGAUUUUAAAGAAAAUGCAUUGAAAUUGUUAAAGUAAAAAAAAGCUUUAAAUAGUUGUUAAGUAUGUGAUAUUAUAACAUUGUAAGCAAAAUGAAGAAAAUUUGAUAAAGUAAAGAAAAUAAGAUAAACAGAUGAAAUAAUAUCUGAAUAGUAAAUGAAAA